AUGAAGUUCCUCGGCAUCACCACUCUUCUCCUCCCCGCCACCGCACUGGCUCAAGGUGUCGUGUUCACACGCCAAAUCAUUGCCACUGGCGAUGGGUGCAACUCGGCCACCAUCCGCCCCGUCUUCAGCGCCGACAACAGGUCCGUGGAGGUCACACUUGACCGCUUCUUCGCCCAGCUCCCCAUCCCCCGCGAGACCUUCUGCUCUCUCGACUUCCGCGUAACGCACCCCGUCGGCCGUAGCACCGUCAACGCUGUCGCCACGCUCAUCGGCGAUGUCUCGUUGCCAGAGGCGGGUGUUUCCGCCUUUGUGCAGCGCAACUACGUGAUCUCCCCCACCACCGUGGGACGUCCCACUGGCGAGACCGACCCUCCCGCGCUCGAGUUUGUCGGACCUACCGCUGUUGGCUUCAACGAGGUGGACCGGUUCACCUACAGCCAGAGCUUCACCGCCACCCAGGACCGCACCGUCAGCAUCAAGCUCAAUGACGCCCGGCUUCGCCUUCAGCAGUCUACCGGGGAUGAGGGGUUUAUCCGCCAGUCCGUGUUCAUCCUUGACAUUCACGAUCAGUCUUCGUCUUGA